AUGAGCGGCAAUCGUCCUCCGACGGUAGUAGCCGGCCUCGAUGGCGCCAACCCGGUGAAGCGAGAACGCCACCCCACUUGGUACCCGCCCGUGAAGCUGGACGGCAACGGUCUGAAGGUGAUGAACUCCCUGACAGAGUCCCUCGAGGACUUCGCGCCGCGUGAUGGCCGGGUCGUGCGGUGGUACACGUGCGGCCCGACCGUCUACGAUCUCUCACACAUGGGCCACGCCCGCGCUUACCUCACCUUCGACAUCAUCCGCCGCAUCAUGGAAGACUACUUCGGCUACUCCGUUAUCUAUCAGGUGAACAUCACGGACAUCGACGACAAGAUCAUCAAGCGCGCUCGCGUGAACAAGCUGCUGGAUGACUUCAAGGAGGGAGAGCUGCGCCACAGCGACGUUGCAAAGCUCAUGGCGUUCACGACGGAGGCCGUCGCCGCCGCCGAGAGCGGCCUGGAAAAGCGCAAGGCGGCGCUGUUGGAGCCGAUCACCGAUGGCGCCAACAGCCGGGCCAAGGCGGACCGCGAGGAGAAGAUGCUGGAGGUGCAGCUCAAGGAGUCGCAGCUUGCCGAGACCAAGGUGAAGAUCGCGGCGGCCAAGGAUGACUUUGCCGCCCUGUUCGCCGCGGCCAGCGGCGUGAACGGCGACCUGCUUGACGAGCGCAGCGGCCACAGCGUCUCCGAUCAGCAGAUCUUCGAAGACCACGCCCGAAAAUAUGAGCGCGCGUUCUUCGAGGACAUGCAGCGCUUGGGCAUUCGUGAGCCGGACAUCGUGACACGCGUCACCGAAUACGUACCGCAGGUGGUGGAGUUUGUGCAGAAAAUCAUCGACAACGGCUUUGCCUACGUCGGCGAGACGUCAGUCUUCUUCGACACGGAGGCGUACAUCAGGGCCGGCCACGACUACCCGAAGCUGAAGCCUGGCGGUGAUCGCAACACGACGGAGGACGAGAUGGCCGAGGGCGAGGGCGUCCUUUCGAAGGGUGUCGAGGGCGAGAAGCGCAGCCCGAACGACUUUGCUCUAUGGAAGUUCUCGAAGCCCGGCGAACCGCGCUGGUCAUCCCCGUGGGGCGAGGGCCGCCCUGGCUGGCACAUCGAGUGCUCCGUGAUGGCGUCCGACAUUCUCGGCGAGAACAUGGACAUCCACAGCGGUGGGUGGGACUUGAAGUUUCCGCACCACGACAACGAGUGCGCGCAGAGCGAGGCGUGCAACCUGCACAGCCAGUGGGUGAACUACUUUCUUCACUGCGGCCAUCUCCAUAUCAAAGGGUUGAAGAUGAGCAAGAGCCUCAAGAACUUCAUCACCAUCCGCCAGGCGCUGGACGAACUCGGCGUCACGGCGCGCACGAUGCGGCUGCUGUUCCUUGCAAAUCCUUGGAACAAGCCGAUGAACUUCUCGGACCAGUCGCUCGACGAGGCGAAGGAGAAGGAGCGUGUCCUGCGCGCCUUCUUCGGCAGCGUCGACAUUGUCCUCCGUGCUGAUAACUGGAAGGCCACGCAAGGUGUCAACAAGCACGACCGCGAGCUGCUAUCCAAGUGGGUCGAGGCCGAGGCGGCCGUGCACGCGGCGUUGCAGGACAACUUUGAUACAGUCGUUGCCCUGCAGCAACUCAUGUCCCUCGUCGCGGCGACGAACCAGUACCUGCUCUCUGGCGAGCGGCCGAGUGCGACGCUGGUGCGCAAGGUGGGCUGCUAUGUGACAAAGAUGUUCCGCAUCUUCGGCGUCGUCGAGGGGUCUGACGAUGUCGGCCUGCAGAAGCAGGGCUCCGGCGACGGCGAAGCGCGCUUCAUCGAGGUCGUGAACACCCUCGUGCGCUUCCGUGACGAGGUGCGUGAUGCGGCGAAAGACCAGAAGGUGGUGGCGGGCUUCCUGCCCUUGUGCGACAAGGUGCGCGAUGAGUGGCUUGUCGACGCUGGCGUGCGGCUCGAGGACAACCCGGCGGGCCCGACGACGUGGAAGAACGACGAGCCGGCGCUGCUGCACAAGGAGCUGGCGGAGCGCCGCGCUCAGCAAGAAGGGGAUCGCCAGAGGAAGCUGGCGAAUCAGGUGGAGACGAAGCGCAAGCUCGUGGAGAAGUGGCGGCAGCUCACCUACCCGCCGUCCGAGUACUUCCGCCGCCAGGACGAGCAGCGGGAGGAGAAAAAGUACGCCGCCUACGACGACGUCACCGGCCUCCCAACGAUGACGGCUGCCGGCGAGGAGGUGAGCGAGAAGGAUGUGAAGAAGCUGAGCAAGGAGCAGGCGAAGUACGCCAAGUCGUACGACGAGUUUAUUGGCAAGGGUGGCGUAUCGUGGCUUCAAGAGCAGGAGGCAGAGCUGGCCAGCAUGGUGGCCGAGCUCGAAGGCAGCAAGUAG